AUGAGUCCCAUCUCUGUCUUCUUCUCACACUCUCCUCGCUGUCCCUCGUCUCCCCGUGAUGCCUCUCAGAGGAGCAGAGAUCCAUCACACUGCCACAGACUUCAGCUGCACGCCUCCCCGGUGGACAACAGUAACCUUUAGUUUUGCAUCAUAGAGGGUAUCUUAAAAUAGGCAAUGAUAUCACAGUUAGGAGACUGAGGAGACCUGUCGUCAGCGUGGAUAUAAACAAAUGUUUGGAGAGUUGCAGAUUCCUCAGAUGUGUGGUUCCCGGUGUGUGUGUCAAUAGAUUAAGCGGGUGUUCCUAGGGACUGACUGUGGAUCAGCUGUCCAGAUGAGAGAGUGGAGCGAGUCGGAGAUGACCAUGUCUGCCGGUGGUUACCUCUCCACCUUUGAUGGAUACGGCAUCACCGAACCUCUGCAGUACUACGGUGAGCGACUCUUUUGAUCUGGACUGUCUGCAAUUAUACUAAAAUAAUCUAGUCCGAUUUUUGAGGGGUUAUAAAUUGUCUGCAAUACUAUGGUAUGCUGAUCCAAACACAAUUUAUCCUGAUACAUACCCUGUAAUUGUAUGGUGAUGACCUAAUCAAAUCAAAAUGUAAUGAUUAGACAUUUAUAUUCCACAUGUUUAUGCUUGCUUUGUUUUGCUUUAGUUUGUGUGUUGCUUUUUUGUUCAAAUGUUUAGCGCCGUAGAUUAGAAAAGGAGACUUGUAGGGAUACACAAUGUGGGUCUAACAUUUAGAAAAUAACUGUUUUUAUUUGUAUUUUUUCCAAUACACAGGAUGUUAGCUAACACAAAAUGUCAUUGGAAAGAGGGGCUAUUUAUAAUGGUUGCAGUGGAGAGUUAUGACCUAAUACGAACUAUGAGGUUUCUUUCUUCAAAUUGUUGUCCUCUCCUCUCCAAGCUGGACGGAUAGAUAUGACAAGCUGCAUGAUGGGGGGUAGCGUUCGUGUUCGUGGGAAGGAGGGAGGCCCGGGUGUUUACACAGUGCUGAAACGGUUUACAAACAGAGCUCACCACAGCGUUGUCACACAAGCACAAGCUCAGUAUUGGCCUCCAUCCUCGCCAGGACAGGAAACAUCUGGGAGACACAGAGGAGAGACGGAAUGAGUUAGGAAAGUAGAGAGAGAGAGAGAGAGAGAGAGAGAGAGAGAGAGAGAGAGAGAGAGAGAGAGAGAGAGAGAGAGAGAGAGAGAGAGAGAGAGAGAGAGAGAGAGAGAGAGAGAGGAAGCGAGAGAGAGAGAGAGAGAGAGAGAGAGGAGGAAGGCUAGAGAGAGUCUAGGUUCUAGAAGAGGGGUGGGGAAGGUUGUGGUUGAGAAUGGGGUGAGUGUUAGGGUUCAGAAAUGAGGGGUCAUAGGUCAGAGGUUGGAUUCUAGAAGUCACUGUGGUAUUCAGUCCAUGUCAAGGCAUCAGAGCUGUGGCUGAAAGAAGAUACCUCUCACUAUUUCAGUUGUUUUCUGAACUAAUAAAACGCCAAGAGACUCAGGUUAUGGAAGAGGAUCUUUCUGAUCAGAGUGACUGAUUUAGGGCUGAUCUGUGACCAGAUCUUCUCCUUAUAAUGCAGAUGUGCUUCAGAAGAGCUGCCAGGGGCGACACCAGUCUACACGGCCACAAAACACUGAAUUAAACUCUAUAAAAAAUAUCCAAAUCAUAAACAACGCUGUAACCUCUCAGCUGCAUCCUGUUUCCACAGUCCAAACUGGUUCACAAGGUCUUGCUCUGAUGUUUUUUUAUUACCCCCCACAGCACCAAUAAAAGACACGUAAGAUUGUGGACAAGGAACACAUUCUUGUGAUGCACUUUGACUUAGAAACCAGUUUGACUGUGAUAAUAAAAAUGCAUUUAUUUAGUCAUACAGUGGGGAAAAAAAGUAUUUAGUCAGCCACCAAUUGUGCAAGUUCUCCCACUUAAAAAGAUUAGAGAGGCCUGUAAUUUUCAUCAUAGGUACACGUCAACUAUGACAGACAAAAUGAGAAAAAAACGACUGAUCUGUGUAAAGGAAAGAAUGAAUGGGGCCAUGUAUCGUGAGAUUUUGAGUGAAAACCUCCUUCCAUCAGCAAGGGCAUUGAAGAUGAAACGUGGCUGGGUCUUUCAGCAUGACAAUGAUCCCAAACACACCGCCCGGGCAACGAAGGAGUGGCUUCGUAAGAAGCAUUUCAAGGUCCUGGAGUGGCCUAGCCAGUCUCCAGAUCUCAACCCCAUAGAAAAUCUUUGGAGGGAGUUGAAAGUCCGUGUUGCCCAGUGACAGCCCCAAAACAUCCCUGGUCUAGAGGAGAUCUGCAUGGAGGAAUGGGCCAAAAUACCAGCAACAGUGUGUGAAAACCUUGUGAAGACUUACAGAAAACGUUUGACCUGUGUCAUUGCCAACAAAGGGUAUAUAACAAAGUAUUGAGAAACUUUUUUUUAUUGACCAAAUACUUAUUUUCCACCAUAAUUUGCAAAUAAAUUCAUUAAAAAACCUACAAUGUGAUUUUCUGGAUUUGUUUUCCUCAUUUUGUCUGUCAUAGUUGACGUGUACCUAUGAUGAAAAUUACAAGCCUCUCUCAUCUUUUUAAGUGGGAGAACUUGCACAAUUGGUGGCUGACUAAAUACUUUUUUUCCCCACUGUAUGUGCCGGUGGACCCUCUAGGCUAGCCACUAGAUGUUCCCACAUCCACUCCUGUGGUGCACGUAAACUUAACCGGUGUGACCAGGACCAAAACACUUCAUUAAUUUUGUGUUGUUAUCCCAUCAUACAGAUGUGCUGGGGGACCCUUUGGGCUACCCUUUCCAGGAGCCAGACCUACAGGUCCUAGCCUUCAGCCAGCAGCAGUACAGCCCCGUCAACGUGCAAUUCUCUGUCUACGAACCACCUUCCUCGCAGCCCUGCCACCCACCCUACACCCACCCUUACAGCCCCCACUACCUGGAGGCUCCCUGCGAGCCCAGCCCGGAGCCCCAGUGUGGAGGCCUGGGGAAAGGGGGAGGCGGGGGAGGUCUGCCCCUGGUCAAGAGGACCAGGCUGGGCCCUGGAGGGAGGGUGAGGGGCCUGGAUGAGCUUUGUGUGGUGUGUGGAGACAAAGCCUCUGGCUACCAUUACAAUGCCCUCACCUGUGAAGGCUGCAAAGGUAGGGGAGGCAGUGUUUUCAUCAAAGUUUACAACAAUAUUUGGGGGGUCAAUCUGAAAGUUUUGUCACAGAGCCCGCUACUUCUGAUAUCUGUCUGAAUAUGUGGUUAGAAUUGAAAUUGAAAAAUCUUUAUCUGGAUGAACUUGAAUUGAAAUGGACCCCAACUAGAGGUGGUUGCUACUCCAACCCAUGUCAUAAUCUCUAUCGUUACUGUACUCCUGUGUUUCAGGUUUCUUCCGAAGGAGUGUGACGAAGAAAGCAGUGUACCGGUGUAAAAGUGGCGGAGGCUGUGAGAUGGACAUGUACAUGCGGAGGAAGUGCCAGGACUGCCGCCUGCGGAAAUGUCGUGCUGUGGGCAUGCUAGACGAAUGUGUGUGGAACAUACUAUAUCAAAAUGCCUGUAGGGAUAUUUGAACUAUUUUGAACAGAAAGUCAUGUGAAUACUUUGAAGAGAGGUAAAGUCAGAUAGCAAUAAGAUCAAGAAUCGUGACAUUUUACAUUUAUAUUUUAGUCAUUUAGCAGACGCUCUUAUCCAGAGCGACUUACAGUUAGUGAGCAGUUAGUGAGUGCAUACAUUUUCAUACUUUUUUCAUACUGACCAGUGAUCAUAUCUCCAAUUUAAAGUCAGGCGGACAUAAACAUAUUUAAUUGCUAAGACAACUAAAAUACAUUGGACAUGGAUCCCUUGCAAAAAUGUGUUAUAUCUCAAUACAUCUCCCCCAGUUAAAUAAAGGAUAAAUGAAUGAAAGAUAAUUGCCUAUGUGAGUCUGACAGAAGCAGUUGUGUUGCCAGGUCUGCUGACGGAGGUGCAGUGCCAAUCCAAGAGGCUGAGGAAGGGAGCCAAGCACAGAGGAGGAGGGCCUGAGGAGGAGGAAAUCAGGGAGAGCAGGAGCGUCAGCUCCACCAGCAGGUUACCAGGACAGGUACAUCCCUUUCUCCUCUCCUCCUCCAUUCUAACUUUCUCAUCUAGUUUUCUGACCUUAAGUAUUUUGAUUAACUUUCUUGAAUAUUAUGAAUGGGGAAGACAUUGUAGCUUGCCGUUUCUGAAAGAUACCCCAAGAUCAUAUUAUUUGUCCAAAGCAAAUAUCCAAGGGUCUAAAUAGUUACAGACCGUUGGAUGAUCAUCUUGUAGAAUGGUUUGCACCACUGGAGUACCCGGAUCUCUUCCUCAGACCCCAAGUUAACUUACUUUGAUUCAUAAGUGGCCCUCUCCCAGAUUACUUUCUUGGACUUCCAGUUUAAGUUCUUGAACCAUCACAUUUUUGGACAAUCAGAUAAUUUUAUGCAUAGGUCUUUGGAAUGCUCCAUCAGUAGCCUGUAACACUUGUGACUGAUUUCUUAUGGGGCCGCCCUGUAAUACAAACCCUGCUUAUACUCCAAGUCUGUGUCAGAAUGAUAAUUUCACUCAGCAAUCAACUGAUCUGUUUGUGAUGCAUUUUCUUCUGUGACAGGUGGUGUCUGCAAAUUUGUCAAGAGAACAGAAGCAUGUGCUGGACACGAUGGUGGAGGCUCUUCGGCAGUACAGGGUGCAGGACGCAGGACACUGUAGGGUGGGUCGCUGAUUAGAAUAGUAAUUCUGUUGUCAAUGGAUUGAGAUUUGAAAGUUGUGUUAUCAUUUUUCUUCUCAUCUCAUUGAGAGCUUAUUCAGGCAGUUUUUUUCUGCAGGUGUUUGAGGAGACUUGUACAGAGGAUGGUGGAGACAGACUAACGGACAUGGCCUCCCCUCCCUCUCAGAGGCUGCUGCAGUUUGCCAAGAGUGUACCUGGUGAGUUGGGCCUCAUCUCGUACAUCAGAUUCCUCUCCUUUCUUGUUUCUGCACUGAUAUGAAAGAACCAGACAGGUCAAAUGGAAAGCAAAUACCUAGUAAGCAUACACCAUUUUGCUUUCACCUACCAUAUGUUUUCAGAACAAAAACACCCCUCUUUCGCUCUCUGUGGCCCCUCUGCUUCUGAACUACCUCCUGCAGUUUUAACCAAUCUAGCGUCUGGUGUCCGUGUAGGCUUUGAGCUCCUGAACUGCUCGGACCAGAGCACCCUCCUCACUAGUUCCUCUGUGGAAGUCAUGUUUCUGCUCUCAGCGCAGCAGUUCACCCAGAACCCUGCAGCUUCUAGUCCAGGUACUGACACCACUACACCACCAUGAGGAUUGUGGGUGUCUGAGUCAUUUGGCCUGGCUCUAUUUCAGCCUACCGAAGAGGUAGGGUAUAGGGAUGGAAAUGGAACCGAGCCGAGCCGAUUAUGACAUAGAGCUAAUCGUUUUCUUUCUUCUUUUACAAGCACUACAGCCUUUCAACAUCUCAACUCAUCAUUGGCUGAAAACCUUGGAGUCCAAGGAAAACAUUCAUAGUGGGACCGGCCCUGUAAACUCAGGUAAGGCACACUGUCCUAUCUUAUUAGAUACAGUAUAUCCACCACCAUUGUAUCCCAUCUUACGAGCUUUAUUUACAAUACUAUUUGAAGAGAGGUUCAACGGAUAAGGUAAUUUUUUUGACGUUUUAGCUUAUUUUCCACUAGCAUUGCUACUGGCUAGCCAGGAGAAUCUGAACAUUGCUAAAUAACCAGCUAAACAACUUAAAAACUGUUUGGAUGAAACCAAAAAAAGGUACGUCGAAAAUAUGCUAAAACUUCUAAAUAGUGAACUAAAACCUUUAAAGAAAUUAGAAUGAAGCAUGCAGUGGGGCAAUAAAGGAAAAGGGGUGUUUUUACUCUAUCCUUCAAUUGUGUGUCUUAGCUAGUGUGUCUGUGUGCAGGAGUCAAUGAGGACCUGCUAGGACCCGUGAUCAACUUCUUCCACAGCAUGGCAGCACUGGGGGUGACCGAGGCUGAAUAUGCCCUGCUCACUGCUACAGCACUGCUAUGCUCAGGUGAUUGGCUCUCUAUGCCUGACAUAUUACUGUAUGAAAAGCAACAUGUAUUUAGGAAUUAAUUUUUAAUACAUAUAUCACCAUACGUUUUUCUUAAUAAAGACAUACUUUUUAUUGACUUAUCAUUUUCCUCCAAGAGUGUCUGAAUAUCUCCUCUAGCUUGGCCAGAUAGUGACGAGCAACUCAUGUAUGUCGUUCUGUCAUCUACUGUAUCUCUGUUAGCAGACGAAGCGUCGCUGCGGGUGGUGGCGUGUGUGGAGAGCUUACAGGAGCUGAUCUUGGAGUUGCUGUCCAGAGUGUGCGGAGCCUGGUGUGGAGCCCAGGGCCCUCAGGGAGCCCAGCGCUUCGCUCGCCUGUUGGGGAGACUCACGGAGCUGCGCACGCUACGACACAACCACCUCACCCUGCUCCGACAGCAGCCCUGGGACAGUCAGCCCUGA